AUGAAAGUGAAGAGUGCUUUGAAAAAGAUGUGUGAACAUUGUUAUUUCUAAAGAAGAGGUAAAAAGGUGUAUGUGAGAUGCAAAUCUGAUCCUCGUCAUAAAUAGAGAUAAGGAAAUAAAUUCUGUACAAUGAUAGGAAAUCCUUAUGUUGAGAAUGGAAUGUUCAUUUAAAUACCUCAAUUUCCUGAAUAUCAUAUUGAUUUCAAGGAUUUUAUUAAAAGGUUACCAUUUAUGUGA